CAUGGACUGAUCGGAAACAAAGAUGCAUCAUUAAUUUUUUGAUUAACUCUCAAGCUGGUACCAUGUUUUUGAAGUCUGUUGAUGGCUCUGAUUUUGUGAAGACAGGUGAAAAGCUUUUUGAGUUGCUUGAUGCCAUUGUGGAGGAAGUUGGAGAAGAGAAUGUUGUUCAAGUUGUAACCGAUAAUGGGAGCAACUAUGUUUUAGCGGGUAAGUUGUUGGAGGAGAAAAGGAAACAUAUUUAUUGGACUCCUUGUGCAGCUCAUUGUAUUGAUUUGAUGCUUGAAGAUAUUGGGAAGCUUCCCUUGAUAAGGAAGACCAUUAGAAGGGCAAUUAAUCUAGUUGGGUUUAUCUAUGCCCAUUCUAGUACCUUAAGUUUGUUGAGAAAUUUUACAAACAAGAGGGAAUUGGUGAGACAUGCUAUUACUAGAUUUGCCACUUCUUAUCUAACCUUGGAAAGGCUUCACAAAGAGAAAGCCAAUAUUAGAAAAAUGUUUACUUCUGACGAAUGGACCUUGAACAAGCUAUCUAAGGAGCCUAAGGGAAAAGAAGCUGCAAAGGUAGUGCUCAUGCCUUCUUUUUGGAAUAGUGUGGUUUACACUCUUAAAGUCAUGGCUCCACUUGUGAAAGUGCUUCGUCUUGUGGAUGGUGAAAGGAAACCAGCCAUGGGCUAUAUUUAUGAAGCAAUGGACAAGGCAAAAGAAACAAUUAUGAAGUCUUUCAACAACAAUGAAAGCAAGUACAAAGAUGUGUUUGAAAUCAUUGAUAAAAGAUGGAAUUGUCAGCUUCAUAGGCCAUUGCAUGCAGCUGCCCACUUCUUAAAUCCAGAGUUCUUUUAUGACAACACUGACUUAGAGUUUGAUUUUGAGGUCACCAAUGGUUUGUUUGAGUGCAUUAAGAAGUUGAUUCCACAAUUUGAUGUGCAACAGAAAAUUCUAACCGAGUUGCAUCUUUACAAGAUUGGUGUUGACCACUUUGGUUCCGACUUUGCAAUGGCUCAAAGGAAAACCCAUUCUCCUACAUAUUGGUGGCGAAUGUUUGGGUCACAAACUCCAAAUUUGCAGAAGCUGGCUAUUAAGAUUUUGAGUUUGACUUGCAGUGCUUCAGGAUGUGAAAGAAAUUGGAGUGUGUUUGAGCAAAUUCAUUCCAAAAAAAGAAAUAGGCUUGAGCACAAGAGGUUGCAUGAUUUGGUGUUUGUCAAAUACAACCAACAAUUGAAGCAAAGAUAUAAUGCAAGAGAUGAAAUUGAUCCAAUUUCUCUUAAUGAUAUUGAUGUAUGCAAUGAAUGGCUCGUGGGAGAGAUGGAUCAAGAUGAUGAUAAUGAUGCUGGAAAUGAUUUGGUAUUUGAAGAUGAUGAUGUUCUAAAUUGGGCAACUGUGUAUCAGGCUUCGGGGGUUGGAGAGUGUAGGAUGUAUACUAGGCGGAAAAAGCAAAAAACAAGUGUUGCUGCUGCCCAAACUUCUAAAAAACAGGCAAUGGUUGUUGGAUCUUCAUCAAGGAAGCAAAAAGCAGUCCAAGAAAAUGAUGAGGAUCUAGAUGUUGAGGAGAAUAUUGAUGUUGAAUCUGAAGAAGAAGAAAUCAUGGUCAAUUUUGAGGCGUCUGAUGGGGAAGAGGGAGAGGGAGAUGCUCCAUUACCAUAUGAUAACAACGAAGAUGAUUAUGUUGGGAUUGGAGAAGAUGAUUAGAGCCUCAACCUUCACUUUGCACUUUGCAUUAUGUUUUUAUCAUUUUCUUAUUUUGAACUCUUUAAUGAGUUUA